UUGAAAUCUGCAUUGAAGUGGUUUGCAAGGAGAUUUUCUUGGAUCAAGCGGGUCUCCUCCUGCUUGCCCAGCCGGCUCGCCGGCGACAUCGAGAACGUGUUGGGGUGGGCACCAGAGGCCAAACUAUACGCCACCGUCGACUUAGAAAAAGCCCGUGUUGGCCGUACUCGUCUGAUGAUCUCCGGCGACCCUACCAACCCUCGCUGGCACGAAUCCUUCCGCAUCUACUGCGCCCACAUGGCCGAACACGUCAUCUUUACCCUCAAAUCCGACAACCCCAUCGGUGCCACCCUCUUAGGACGCGCCUAUCUCCCCGUCGCCUCCAUCAUCAACAACACCCUAAUCGACUCCUCCCUCGACAUCUGCGGCGAAGAUCUCCGCCCCCUCGGUGGUCGUAUUCACGUCAAAGUUCGUUACACCGCCGUCGCCGGCAGCGAUAUGGGCGGAUGGGGAAGAGGAAUCCCCAACACUUUCUUCAAGCAGAGGGAGGGAUGCAAGGUGACGCUCUACCACGACGCGCAUGUCGACGGGAGUUUUGUUCCAAGAAUACUCCUCGCCGGCGGCGAGGUGUUUCGGCCGGGGCGUUGUUGGGAGGAUAUGUUCGAUGCGAUUUCGGGAGCGAGGCGUUUUAUUUACGUUGCAGGGUGGUCGGUGUACGCGGAGAUUAGUUUGGUUAGGGAAGGGCAGAGAGGGCAAGCAGGGGAAGCGACGCUGGGGGAGAUGCUGAAAAGAAAAGCAGGGGAAGGGGUGAGAGUGUUGAUGUUGGUGUGGGAUGACCGGAGCUCGGUGGGGGAUUUGAAGAAGGAUGGAGUAAUGGCGACGCAUGACCAGGACACGGCGGAGUUUUUUCGUGGCUCCGGCGUUCACUGCGUGCUCUGCCCGCGGAACCCCGACGUCGGGGAGAGCUACGUCCAGGGAUUGGAGAUUGCCACCAUGUUCACCCACCACCAGAAAACGAUUAUAGUUGACUAUGCAGAGACAGCGGCGGCGGAGAUGGGAACGCAUCGCCGUAAAGGAAGAGAGGGAGUGGCGGCAAGGCGGAGGAUUGUGAGCUUCCUUGGAGGCAUCGACCUCUGCGACGGUCGGUACGAUACACAGAAACACUCUCUGUUUCAAACACUUGCUAGAGAGCAUCGAAACGACUUCCACCAGCCGAACUUCGCCGGCGCGACGUUGAGGAAGGGAGGACCGAGGGAGCCGUGGCAUGAUGUUCAUUGCCGAGUGGAAGGUGCGGCGGCGUGGGACGUGCUCUGCAACUUCGAGCAGCGGUGGAGGAAGCAAGGGGCCGGCGAUUAUCUCUUGCUCCGGCUACGAGAAAACGACGGGGGAUUAUAUGUGCUGCCGGAGGAGGAGGCGGUGGUGGCUUCUCGUAGCGACGGCAACGCGUGGAAUGUUCAGGUCUUCCGCUCCAUUGAUGGAGGCGCCGCCCAUAGUUUCCCAGACUCACCGAAGGAGGCGGCGGCGAUGGGCCUCAUAACCGGUAAGGACAACGUGAUUGAUCGCAGCAUUCAAGACGCCUACAUAAACGCCAUAAGACGUGCGAAGAACUUCAUCUACAUCGAGAACCAAUACUUCCUGGGAAGCUCCUACGCAUGGAAGGAGGAAAAAGGCAUCAAAGUGGAAGACAUUGGAGCGCUUCACUUGAUUCCCAAGGAGCUAUCAUUAAAGAUUGUGAGCAAAAUAGAGGCCGGGGAGAGAUUUGCGGUCUAUGUGGUGGUCCCGAUGUGGCCGGAAGGGGUGCCGGAGAGCGGAUCAGUUCAGGCGAUCUUGGACUGGCAGAGAAGGACAAUGGAGAUGAUGUACGAUGAUGUGGCGGAGGCAUUAAGGGCUAAGGGGAUCGCCGGUAAUGUAAGCCCUAGUGAUUACCUCAAUUUCUUCUGUUUAGGCAAUCGGGAGGUGAAGAGGGGAGGAGAGUAUGAGCCACCAGAGCGGCCAGAGCCGGAUUCCGAUUAUAGCAGAGCGCAACAGGCGAGGAGGUUCAUGAUCUACGUUCAUGCCAAGAUGAUGAUCGUGGAUGAUGAGUAUAUAGUUGUGGGCUCAGCCAACAUCAACCAAAGAUCCAUGGAUGGAGGAAGGGACACUGAGAUAGCCAUGGGAGCUUACCAGCCCAAUCAUUUAUCUUCCAGCCAACCUGCAAGAGGUCAGAUCCACGGCUUUCGAUUAUCACUGUGGUACGAGCAUUUGGGAAUGAUCGAUGACACCUUCCUUCGUCCCGAAAGUAAGGAGUGUGUCCUCAAGGUGAGGCAGAAUGCAGAGGAGAGAUGGAAAUUGUAUCUGGGAGUUUUAUUGUACAACGAUUUGUCAGGUCACCUGCUUAGCUACCCCAUCAGCAUAACAAAUAAUGGAAAGAUUGUUGUGUCGCCAUGGAUGGAGUUCUUCCCUGACACCAAAGCUAAGGUUCUCGGCACCAAGUCUGACUAUCUUCCUGCAAUUCUUACUACUUGAGAGUUUGCUUGAUGUUGCCUUCAUAUCAUUUCAACUGGAUUCAAUUAUGCUUGCGAAGGAGAUGAUUUGAUGUUGUGAUCAUGCAAUUUGUUUGAAAGAAAAGAAGAACAAAAAAAUAUCAUUGUCUCUUUUCAUUUGUGUAAUUAGACUAUUUGAUGAAUGUUAAGAAUAAGCUUAUGAAAUUACAUUAUGUAAAAUAUAUAUUAUGAUACUAACUUUUAUAUGGGUAUAUAGUUUUGGACU